GGUGCGGCGCGCGUGUGUGUGCUGUGCGUGCGUGCGUCAGUCCGUCUAUCUAUCUGUACAUGUGUAAGCCUACCUGUAUUACACUACAGUGACCGAAAACUAUAUUACAGACGGAGCAGUAUGGUGGAAGGGCUUAAGGUCGUGUCGCUGAUGCUCGUCACGGGCCUGGUUGUCGAAUGCAGAAUGCAUGUCCAUGUCCACCUAAAUGUUCCACGCUACGUUCUGCUGGGGUCUCAUAUGCUGCUCAAAUGCGACUAUAAUGUCGAGAAAGAUCAGCUACACAAAGUGGAGUGGCACAAACAUGGACACAAAAUAUUCCAGUUUGUCAAUGGCAGAAAGCCUCCAUUCAAGAACUACACGAUACAUGGUGCUCAAAUAGACUGGGCUCAGAGCAAUGAGCAACAAGUACGACUAAAGAUCCUGGACUUUGACGCGUCGGGAGUCUAUUGUUGUGAGGUCACCACAGAAACACCCAUCUAUACCAAGGCCUCAGAGGACGAGGAGGUCACGGUCAUAAAAAAACAGACAGAAGACCCUCAGAUAACGUACUGGAAGGAAGAGUACACGGUAGGUGAACGACUGGAGGUUAACUGCACGUCAGGGCCUUCCAGGCCGACUCCAGAAGUCACGUGGUUGCUCAAUGGCAAGCAGGCAGAAGAACAGUGGAUCAAGACGUUUCCCGAGCAGCGGCCGUCGUCAGUGACCGUACAACUGAGUUUAGAGGUGAAGGAAGAGCAUAUACCCCAACUGGAGCUGACGUGCCUGUCAACCAUCCCCGGCUACCUGGGUCACCAUGUACGCCACUCAGACUACGCGGACCAUCGCACACAGGUCUUCCUAGUUGGCGUGGUGGCUGCUGAGCCGAUUGUACAAGAGAACAGCAUCGCUGGAGGUCUGAGUCCCAGAUUGUCACUGCUGAUUCUGCAAACAGCGCUUCUUCUGCAGCUGCUAUUGCUGCCAGUCAACAGACGAAUAUCUCUAGCCAUAUAGCUAGUUUGAUUCUAAAGUGAAUUCACUUAAAAAGAAUGUAUUUCUUUUAAAUUAAAAGGAAAGUUAUAGUUUUAUGAAUAAUUACAGUAAGUGAUAGGAAUAACUUAUCUAGAUCCAUUGGGGAGGUGGGUUUAAAGAGAAAUGUGUAGUUUUUGUCUAGUAUUUUUAUGAAUUAUGUUUAAAGCAUCUAGUAUUUUUGUUUGUUCUCAUUACUAUAUUUUAUGAGAAAUAUACAAAUAUAGAUUGUGAAUCUCGAUGGGUAGGGGAACAAAAUAUAUUCAAUCAUGUAGUCAAUUCUAUUUUAGAAGAGUGGUGAAAACAUUUCAUUCUUCUCCUGGAAAUGUAUUUGUUCGACCCGAUGAUUUAUUAGAUCAAUGGACAUAUUUACUCGGUUAAAAAAUAUGUUUGAUAGAGAAAGUUAUAUUUAACGUUUCAGCAUAUAACAAUAAUAAUACCAAACCCUUAACUUGAACCUCUGCAUUUUUAUUGAUGCCUCAAUAGUUUGUAUGGAUAGGUUUUGCGUGGAAAUCCCAAUGGAAUAUAUUUUAAUUUAAAUUAACUUCUAUUAAAAUUAAGAUUCAAGACAAUAAUUUAGUAAAUACAUCAUACUGCAUCAUACGUUUCAUUAAAUCUAUAAAACCCCUUGCGUCUGCCCUCACACAAAAUAUUUUCAUAUUAACUGAGAGGAGGAUUAUUCAGUCAUCAGUCGAUGAACUCUAACGUACAAUACUGUAGAGGUUUUAGAACGAUAAAAACUCUGAUAGGGUUAACUCUAAUACCAAAAAAUGCUUUACAAGUAAUAUUAUAGAACUCACUUUGUAAGAUACAAUCAGAAACAUUGUAUUAGUAAAUUGUGAGCCCACAAUCCUGAUUACGAACAAUCACUUAGGCAUUUUAAAUCUCUCUUUUAUAUGUCUAUCAGUAGAUUGUGAUAGUCUCGUCUUGGAAUCUAGAUACGUAAUUCUUGUUAGUGCAAGUCUCACAGUCUGCCGAUGAGGGAGACAGUAAGGUACUGUAGUCUGUACUAUAGUCUCCUCUUUGCCAAAUUCCCAUGCCAACCAUGGACCUCUCUGUAUAUAUGUGUCAUGUUUUUUUAUACUAAUAUGUUUAAUGGUGCUGUUUCUCGUACUUUGCCUUUCCCCAAAUGCUUUUAGUCACAAUUGUGUCGCCGUACGUAUGGCCGCACCGCGUGUGUAUAAUGUCUAUUCUAGUUAAACGUUAAUCGUAUAUAUUGUUUAUUGCAUAUUAUAAGAUUUUAUAUUGUAAAUGUUAAUUUGAAUUGUGGAAUGGUAUUUUUAUAAUAAAACUUGUAUUAUAGUAAUAUUUUGUAUAAAACAUUAUUGUUUAACCAAAUGUAAUGCUUUAAUGUGGAGCAUUUUGCUGGAUUAUUUUGAUAAAUGUGUCAAUUGAGCGUUAAGUUCUUCAAUUAGGUUUAGUGGAAUUAUAAGGAGCUUAUGAAAGAAAGGUUAAAGAAAAAUGUUAACUGAAGCUUGUGUCAGGCAUUGUAGUAUGGAAGUGAAAUAUUGUAAAUACAUAUUGGUACACAGGAUCGCUUUUACUUAAAAUUUAUGUUUAAACAUCAAAGUAAUAGCUGUAAAUCCACUAUUUUAAUUACUCGUGGUGAUACAGCACAAAUGUAAUUGCAACUGAAUGAGUUCUUGUCAAAUCGCAGAGAACUACUUUUCCACUGAGUUUUAAAAAUGAGAGGAAAGAAGCAACUGUUUUGAAACAUGUUACUAUUUUAUAUACAGGUACUUAUAACAUAUUACUUCUUGUUGUUCUUUAUGGUUUUUUACUAUACUAUUAAUUCUAAAACAUUUCACUUAAAUACAGC